GUAAACAUUUCCAUUGUGUUGAAAUGGUGUCAACAGCAUACCAAAGACUACAAGAAUGUUAUCAUUAAUGACAUGUCUACGUCCUGGAAGGAUGGUCUUGCUUUGUGUGGAAUCAUACAUCGUUUCCGUCCAGAUCUAAUAGAUUUUGAUUCGCUUAAUCCAAGUGAAGCUGAAAAGAACAAUCAACUGGCUUUCCAAGUAGCAGAGGAGCAUCUAGGUAUUCAACCCCAGGUCUCYGCCAAAGAAAUAGCGUGUGCAAGUGUACCUGAUCAGCUGACUAUUCUGAGCUACGUCACACAGUACUAUGAAACGUUUAAGAACGAAGCCCCUGGUAUGUCUAUUACUACAAUUUUAUCAUAUCUUCGCCACAGGGCGCCUAGACUCAACAUUUGUGUUGCUUUCACAGCGAUGGCAAUGUAGUGUGUGGUGCGCGGUUCUAGCCCU